AUGAAAUAUUCAACGUCACCACCAACAACUCCGCGGUCGUUGUCACCAAAUAAUUUCUCCAGCGGAUUUUUCUCAUCAUCGUCGUCGCUUCCGAUUCCAAUCACUUAUCGCAAUCAAACUUGCAUGGGAGGCGCGUCAAAGUGUUACAAAUAUUUGAGAAAAUUGUUAAAAUUUGAACAAAUGGACUUUGAGUUUGCUAUGUGGCAAAUUAUAUACUUGCUAGUAUCACCUCAAAAAGUUUACAGAAAUUUCAAAAACCGUAAACAGACAAAACUCCAAUUUGCAAGAGAUGAUCCUGCGUUUUUGGUGCUAUUAAGCUGCUGGCUGCUAAUAUCAUCAUUGGCAUUUGCCCUAGUCUUGAAAUUAGGCUUCCUUCAAUUUAUUAAAUUUUUGCUGUACUCUACGUUUGUAGAUUGUAUUGGAGUUGGAUUGUGUACAGCUACAUUAUUUUGGUUUAUAAGUAAUAAAUAUUUAAGACAUGACACUACUCAAGAUGUUGAAUGGGGAUACGCAUUUGAUAUUCAUCUAAAUGCUUUCUUUCCACCAUUAAUUAUUUUAGAUACUUUUCAAAUAUUUUUGUAUCCUGGCGUAGAAAUAUUGCAUCGCACAGCUGGAAUACUUUGGGCGUUACCAAUAGCGGUAUUAAUAUAUAUCGUAUUUUUGUGUGCUGGAAUAAAUAUAAGUCAGAUAGUAAUUAAUUUUUACCUCAAUCGAGUCGUCUAG